AUGCUUAAGAUGCUAGCUGUGUUUCUAGCUGUACUAACCAGCCUCACAGUGCUGGCAGUCGAUGUGCAACCGAGUACAAUCCUACCCUCCGAACUCUUAGCGCAGAUGAGUUGGUUUCAUGCUGUAUGUCUACGUGAAUCCGGCACCAGCGAUGAUCAAAUCGCACAAUUCAAUCAACCAGAACCGGUGGAAGCAUCGCGCGAACUACAGUGCUACAUGCACUGUAUGUUUCGCAUGCACAACGUCACCCGUCCCGAUGGUGAUAUCGAUCUGAUCGACGUUUACCACGCCAUACCGAAGAAAUUUAACUCGAUCGCUCUGAAAGUGCUUUUUAAGUGUCACAAAUCGGUCGUCGCAAGUGAGGAUCCGUGCGAACGAGCCUACGCACAUCACCAGUGUUGGAAAGAGACCGAACCACAACACUACUACCUGUUUUGAUGUCAAUUUACCAGACCGGAACUUUAGCUUC